AUGGAUGGAUCUUCAUCUUCACUUCAGUAUGGCUCAAAAAAGAGGGUCAAGAUCCACCCAAAUACGGUGACAGUCAAAUAUGCCACUCACUUCCCCCAGCCUGGGGAUGAAGGGUAUGAUGAUGCACCCUCCUUUGAGGACUUUGGCACCUUUGCAGAAGCAAAUGCUGGUAAAAGGCUGGUGUCGGACUCUAAAGGUGGUAGGACUUUCUUUGGAACCAUGGAGACUCAGCCUAAGCAGCCAAGUGUGCAAAAAGACAAAGGGGUUGAGGGCCAGCUGGCUAGCUUUGGCGAGGCUAAUGUGCUGGCCUCCAGAGUAACCUGGAUGGCCUUGUUUGGGGCAGCUGUGGCUCAUGGCUGUGUGUCUCUGAUUACUCGUUUAGCAGCAGACCGCUCAAAAGUUCCCUCCCUGGAGCUACUCUUCAUUCGCUCUGUGAUCCAAGUGUUGUCCAUCCUGGUGGUCUUCUACUACCACGAGGCGCCCUUCGGCCCCAAAGGCUACCGAUUACGUCUCUUCUUCUACGGGGUCUGCAAUGUGAUCUCAAUCACUUGCGCCUACACGUCCUUUGCCAUUGUACCCCCCAGUAAUGGCACCAUCAUGUGGCGUGCCUCCACCACAGUUUUCAGUGCAAUAUUGGCGUUCCUGCUGCUGGAUGAGAGGCUGAGCUAUACAGAUGUGGUCACGGUCGUGGGUAGCGUGUUUGGUCUGUGCCUCGUUAUGGUGCCAAAUGUGGCGGAUGAGGAAAAGUCCAGCCUGGGGUUCUGGAAGGAGGCUUUUGGCUAUACAAUGACAGUAAUGGCAGGCUUGACCGCAGCCCUCUCCAUGAUCGUCUACAGAGCCAUCAAGGAGCGGGUCAGCAUGUGGACGGCGCUUUUUACCUUUGGAUGGACGGGCACAGUGUGGGGAGCUUCCACCAUGUUUAUCAUGCAGGAGCCUAUCAUCCCUUUGGAUGGAGAGACCUGGGGCUAUUUAAUCGGGAUCUGUAUCUGCUCCACGGUGGCAUUCCUCGGAGUCUAUUACGCUCUGAAUAAGUUUCAUGCAGCCUUAGUUAGCACCGUGCAGCACCUAGAGAUUGUGGUCUCCAUGUUUCUGCAGCUCAUCGUCCUGAGGAUGAUCCCGUCUGUGUACGACGUGAUCGGAGGCCUGGUCAUCAUGGUCAGCGUGUUCACUCUAACCGGAGUCAAGCUGUACAGAGUGAGCAGGGCAAUUCGGCAGGAUUAUCAAGAAAUCCUGGACUCGCCUAUUAAAUGAGUUCGGUCCAUUUGUUUACAAUGUUGCUUGGUUGUGCAAUCUAACGAAUGUCUAGAUCUCCAUCUGAUGAUUUUGUAGUGCUGUGCUGUCAACAAGAGUGCCAGUUGUGUAACUUAUGUCUUAAUAUUUAUGUGUGAAAUAAUAAAAGGCAAUUGUAUUAUUGUGAACACUUCCCUCUAACAGCACUGCUUUCAUGUCAAACUGUGUCACAAGCGACAAAACUAGACAUCUGUAAGUGUAGUCCUCUGUUCACACUGCCAGUCUGUAAAUAUCAGUCCAAAAAUCUAAACUGUAAGAGGAAACACUUUAUUGAAUAAAGAAACUGCCAUCCAUUUUCUUGGCCUUAAUGUGUUGCUAUAAAAGAGUUCUCAAAAAGGACAAAAAAAAGUUUUUAU